AGCUGCGAGCGGCGCUGAGGAGUUGCCGCGAUGUUCGACAGCUCGCAGUACCCCUACAACUGCUUCAACGACAACGACGACGACUACCCGGCCGGCAGCUCUGACGAGGAGAAGCGGCUCACGCGACCCGCGUACAGCUACAUCGCGCUCAUCGCCAUGGCCAUCCAGCAGAGCCCCUCGGGCAGGGUGACGCUGUCGGGCAUCUACGACUUCAUCAUGAGCAAGUUCCCCUACUACCGCGCCAACCAGCGCGCCUGGCAGAACUCCAUCCGCCACAACCUGUCGCUCAACAGCUGCUUCGUCAAGGUGCCGCGAACCGAGGGCCACGCCAAGGGCAAGGGCAACUACUGGACGUUCGCAGGCGGCUGCGAGUCGCUGCUUGACCUCUUCGAGAAUGGGAACUUCCGGCGUCGGCGACGGCGACGCGGCCCCCGGCGCGAAGGGUCCAAGGCAGGGAGCGCAGAAGGACCCCCGGGUCCAUUGGAGACCGCCUUGAACCGCGCCCCCUGCCGCCAGCCCGCAGCACCACCCGCCCUGGGAAAUGACACCCGCCGGGAAAUCAAGUUCAGCAUCGACUACAUCCUGUCUGCACCAGACCCGUUCCCAGGGUUCGUGUCACCCUGUCACGCGCAGGAGGGCAGAGGCCCUUCGCUGGAACCCCAGCAAAGGAGUCUCUGCUUUUGGGCAGUGUGAGUCCGGGCUGAGAGCAGCCCUUGCGCUGCAGAAUCAGCCCGGGGUCCAGAUCCUCCCCCAGAAGCAGACUUCAGCCCCACCUGGAACCAAGA